AUGUCCAAGGCGAAGGCAAAGGAGUCAAAGGAGGCAAAGGUUUCCGAGGAUGAGCUGAGAGCCGAGCUGCGCGAGUUGAUCCAGGCACAAGCAGCCUGGAACAAGGAAGUCCUGGACUCCACGGAGGACCGGGACUCCGCAGCGGCGCAGGUAGCCGAGGCAGAGGCUCUGCUCGCUGCAGAGCACGAAGCCAUUGAGGACUUGGAAAGAGAAUGCCACAGUCUUGAUCAAAGGAUGAGCCAAGCAAAGGCUGAGGAGGCGAACUGGACCAAGCUUGCGGACAACGUGGUCAACGAGCUGGAGAGCCUGGAGCCUCGCAAGGGCAACGGUAAGGAUGGCAAUCAUGGCAAUGGCAAGGACGGCAAAGGCCGCAAGGGUACCAAGCGCAGCGACAAGGAGCCGGCCUCGCUCGGCUUCACUCACUCCCAGCUCCUCGCAAGCUUACCUCGCGAGAGUGCGGCCGUGAAGGCCAGCGAGGACAUGGCCGGCUUACGAGCGGCGGUCGCGGCGGAGCGGCGUCGCGCUGAGGUGGAGGAUGCGGAGGCAGAGCAGAAGAAGCGCCAAGUCGUCGAGCAGCAGUGCAUGUUGCUGAGGGCACUCUUGGACAUGGUCACAGGCUCCGGCGAGCUCUCGAAGUCCGAGACAGCGACUUUGGUGCAGCAGCUGGCGGGACUGGAAAGGCUCAGCGAAGAGCAUCCCUUGGCUUGGUCCUUGCUUGCUCAGCAAGCAGAGAGCAACGGCGUGGCGCGCCGCGAGCUCCUGGAGACCUGCAACCAGGAGCUUCGGCGACGCAGGAGAUCUGCUGAAGAGUUGCUGGAUGCGGAGCGCUUGCCUCUGCUGCUGAAGGUCUUGGAAGCAGAGGGCUUGCUCUCCGGAAGUUGGACUAUCCCCGAGGAUUCAGGUCUCACGGCCAGGCUGCAGCGGCGUGUGAUCCGCGACGGCCGUCGAGACUCAAAGAGCUAG